UCUCGCCCCGCUGCCCCGGGGUGUUGCUCUUCGCGGGGCCGGGGCUGGUGCAGGGUGGCGGGGCGGGUGCGGGCCAGUGGGCGGUGCGGAGCCGGGGCCGGGGAACAUGCGGAUGCAGGCCGGACAGGGAGCACGGCGGGGGAUGGCGGCGGCAGACCUGCAGGAGCUCCGGGCGCUGGUGGAGCGGGCGGGCGGGCGGCGGGCGGUACUGCUGGUGGCCGAGGUGGCGGAGGGGGCCCCGGCGGCGCCCGCGCUGGCCGCCUUCGCCCGCGACCUCCUGGACGACGAGGCGCCGCGCGCAGCGUGCCCGGGGCCGGCGCCGGUGCCGGGGUGCCGGGAGAGGCGGUCGCCAGGCGCCGGGCGCCGGGCGCUGGGAGCGCGGCUGCUGCUGGUGCUGUGCGGCGGCGGGGCGGCGCGGGACCGCGGGGCGCGUACUCGCCUGCGGGAGAUGGUGCGGGACGUGCGCGGCCGCCUUCCCGCGGGACCGCCGCCCGCCGUCGUGGGCGUCCUGCUGCCCGGCGGGGACGGAGAGGACGCGGCGGUGCUGGACGCCGCGCUGCGGCGGCACUUCCCGGCGCCCGGCACGGUGCAGGCGGCCCGGUACAACCCGGGCAGCCCAGGCGACUGCCGAGCCGCAGCCUGCCGCGCCCUGCGGGCUGCCCUGCAGCACCCCGCAGAAGACAUGAAAGACAGGGAGAGGUGGAGGCUGCCAUCCUUCCUGCAGUGCAUUUCUUGGAACCAGGGGAGCUGGAGAAAAGAUUACAAAGUGAAAGCUGAAAACAACAUUCAUGAAGGUCUGCCUUGACCUCUCUCUGCUCCCUGCAGAUGACCUGCAGGACCCUGAGGAAGAAGUGGCUCUGGCCAGCCUUUCCCCCAGUGGAAACUGUGAAGAAGCUGCUGAAGGCACAGGCACCUAGAGCUGCUGGGCAUCCAACACAGUCCACAUCCCAGACCUGCCCAGUGGAUUUGGAGCAAUGGGAGGAGGAGCUGGUGCAGGCCCUCUCCUCCAAGGACCCACAGCUCCAGGGAAAAGCUGCUUGGCUGAACUUGUCAGGGUAUUUUUAGCUGCCACCAACACAGAGGGUCUGUGCCAGAGAGCCAUUCCCUGCUGCCCCGGGGCACUUGGAGCUGCUGCUGGACACUGGGCUUCUGAGAAGCCCUUUGGGGAUGUACCCCACAUCCCGGGCAAUAUGACAUUGGGACUUUGAGUGUGAAAUGCAGCCACCUGUUUGAAGAAUGAGAAAUGUUUUCAACUUCUGAGCAAAGUUCCCUGCUGAGGUUGCUGGGACCGGCCUCCCUGGCAGACUGAUUCUGCUGCCUUGUUUUCCUACUUUAUUGGUGCUUGGAAUUUCCCACCCUCUUUGCCGUUAAAAACCAAACCAAACCAAACCAGAACAAAACAAAACAAAAAAACAAACAAAAAAACCCCCACAAAAGAACCCACAAAAAACCCCCAACGAAGUAAUACAGCAGCUUGGAGACUGCAGUAGGACUAAAUGUGAGUGCCGGGAUCUACCAGCUACUGAAAAGGCAUGAAUGUAACAGUGUAACAAGAAGAAUGCAGUAACAGCCCAGCUUGAGUGGCAAGAAUAACAUGAAAGAUACUGAUAGUACUGGCAUCUGGACCAGAGUGGGGUUCGGGAGCGGGAUCUGUCCCUCUGGCUUGUCCCGGUGCUCAUAGGCUAACUGAGGGAUGCCUGGGUUGGAGGGGUGGCGGGUGGGCUCUAAGGUGUGGCUGCUGCUAGAUGGGGCUACAGGAGAGAGCCAUCUUACCUGGGAGAUCUCCACAGGCAUGGUGGCACAGUUUGGAGGUGGCCUGCAGCACAACAAGAGGUGGCUGUUUCAUAAAUAAACAUAAAAAUAUAAAAAAAUAUAUUUAAGUAGUUCCAAAGGGUUGCCGGUAGCCUGUGGGGCAACACAACUAACCAGAAAUCAUUGGUUUACAAGGAAUAUUACUUUAAUGUUAAAAAUAUAUUUUUAAUUCUUUAUGCAACAUCAAAGAGGUCUAGUUUUAUUUUGAGCACAAGCCUGGCUUUCCUUUAGGAGUUUCCUCCAGCUCAGAUCAGAAAUUUCAACCUGCCUGCCUCUACUUUGGGUGAAUUGCCAAAGUGCAUCCUCUGUGCAUGUCUGUCCUCUCUCUGGCUCCUUCUUCCCCACUGGCAGCAGAAGUGUCUGGAGUCCUGCCAGCUCUGGCCAGCACUCUACCCCAGCAGUUUGCCUUUGGCAUCCCUCUAGCUCUUACCUGGAGCAGGGGAUGCUGCUCUGCAGAGAGGGCACUGACCCGCUCUCCUUCCAGCCUCCAGGAUUUCUGGAGAAAUGACCUGUGGAAAACACAAAUGUAACCAAGUGGCUCGCUGUGGGUGGCUGUGUCACUGGCCCAAAUGUCAGCACUGAGCACUCAGUGCAUCUUGGUGAGAUUAAGGCUCCCUCCUGCUCCAUCCCUGCAUGGCCCAGGUGGCUGUGCAGGUCUGUAUUUCCCAGCAAAGCCCUUGGUUAGGUGGGUCAAGCAGGACUCACCAGCAGGAAUCUUUAUUUUCUUGCAGCAUUUAGCCUUUGCUGCUAAGCAUUCUCCAAUGAAGAGGUGAUCCAAGAGCACAGACUGGCAGUUAAACCUCCCUUAGUGCUGCAAAUCCACUGGAUUUAUUUACUGGUAAUUUUGAGGUAAAUCAUGCAAGUUUAUCCCUGCAAGAGACUGCUGGAAGUGGAUGAACUGCCUGGGCCUUAGGCAGUGUGAGUGAGAAUAUAUUUGACCAAAAGUAUUGUUUUUCUUUCACUGAGGAAUAAAAGUGACUUGAAUUACUUUUUUUUUUUCCCUUUUCUCUUUUCACUAUCUGUGCACUUGGAGGUGUAAGCAGAUAGUUUUACGUGUUUAAUUAAUUGAAUAAUUUAAGGGCACUAUCACAUGCUUGUAAAAUAAAGACACUUUCCAAAUUGGAAUGUGCUUAUUUGUUUGCCAUGGUGUUAUCCUUGAAGCAGCAUUAUGUAUAGCUUAACUCAUAUUUAUCUUGGCUUGAGAAAAAUGGAUAUUGGGAUGGAAUGGAAGUGACCCCAGUGUUUGAAAUGCAGAAGAUCAGAACUGAGUGCAGUCCAGGUGGAGCAAUGGAGAAGGCUGGACAUCUUCCCAGUUGUCCAAGAGCAGGGCAGUCCCUCUUGGCAUUGUGGGUCGGAGUUUGAUAAGCUUUCAUUAGUAACUUUCAUUAAUAACUUUCACUAACUGAUACCAUUAUGCAUCCUCAAGGAAUUCAAUAUAUACCCUUCAUAGGGUAUUUCUUCCUAGUCAGUAGCAUCAAGGAGAAAUGAAUGCUGCCGAGGUCUGGGCACUUCAGUCUCUUGUUGCUCAUCGUUGCUCCUGAGCUGGACUUUCCCUGGUGCAAAUCCACCACCCUGGGUAUCCCAUCCGUCUUGUGCCGCAGAGGCGGCCGGCACGUGUUAAACCCAUGGGAUAAAAUCGCUGAUCCUUGCCCUGCCCUGGGACACGCUAUGCCCCUACAGAUGCCCACCCCCUGCGGGCGGCCUGUGCCGGCGGGGGAAGCAGCCGCUUCUCUGGGCACGGCACAAACGCGGGCACCGGCGGGGUCACUCGUGGGGAGCUCACAGCCGCGGUCCCGCUCGCGCCGGCAGCGGUGUGGGGUCUGCGGGCGCGGGAGCCCGCGGGGGCAGCGGGGGAGCCCCGGGAGGCCGCGGGGGAGCCCCGGGAGGCCGCGGGGGAGCCGGGCAG